AAAAAAAAAAAAAAGGGACCCGACUCUUUGUUAAUUCUAGUUGAAUUUCAAUGGUGUAAUGUGCCUGGGAAGGUAAUAAUAAUAAGGGUUCAAAUACAACUAAAACACGCCGGACAUUCAAAGUUGGGUUCAAUACACAGACAAAAGGUUCAAUUUUCACAAUUUCUUUCUUCUUUUUCCUUUUCGGUUAAUUUUUUUUUUAUUUUACAACACUAUGGCUGUCUUUAGUCAACUCAAGAACUUCAUCAAAAGUGGAAAAAGCACUUCUUCUUCAAGCAUAUCUCGACAGUCGACAACACAAAAAUAUGAGACAGCAGCUCGACUGGAAGACUAUGUUUUAAAGUCUAACUUGGCGAGUAGUGGUGCUUUCUCAAAAGUAUACGAAGCUGUUCAACUGUCUACAAACGAAAAAGUAGCAAUAAAAAUUGUUCGCAAAUUAGAAUUAAAUAAUCAACAGCGUAUUAAAAGAAGUACAAAUCAUGAGGACUUGGAUCACCCUUCUAUAAUCAAAUUACUCCAUUUCAUAGAGACAAAAGAGCAUUACUUCCUUAUCUUGGAACUUUGUGAAGGCGGAGAAAUUUUUCAUCAAAUUGUUCGUCUUACGUAUUUCAGUGAAGAUCUUGCUCGUCAUUGUAUUCGUCAAGUAGCUGAAGGUAUUCGAUAUUUACAUGAAGAAAAGGGUGUUGUCACAGACAUUAAACCAGAGAAUUUAUUGUUCAGAUUUUGGUUUAUCAAAGUAGUUUGGGAUCAACAAACCAUGACACCUUGUGGUACAGUGGGUUAUACUGCACCAGAAAUUGUAAAGGACCAACGUUACUCAAAAUCUGUUGAUAUGUGGCCUUUGGGUUGUGUUCUUUAUACCUUCCUGUGUGGAUUUCCUCCAUUCUAUGAUGAAAGUAUAAGAAUUCCUGAACAUCCAUGGAUCAAAAACAAGGAAAUGUCGGAUAUCGAUACGGAAGCCAUUAUUGCUAGAACAACACCAAGCGAUUUACCCAUUGAUUUGACUUCAGUACCCAUGUUUACAGCAUUGGUGGAAAACGUAGGUGUACCUCCUCACCCCGAAACAGAAGCAGAAGAAUUUAAACGCAUGAUUCAAGAACGCAAUAGAGAUGAGGAAGAAUUAGAAGCAGCUGUCCCUUUCCCAUCCGGUAUGUCAGCAUCCGUGAUUAAUUCUCGUGCCAACUCACGCGCAAAUUCACGUGCACCAUCCAUCACUGGAGCUUCAGGUACAACUACUCCCCGUCGAGAUUUAUUCUCUGGUGUGUCCUCCAUGAAGGAAAUGUUUGAUAUUUCUUAUGCUGUGCAUCGUAUGACAGAGGAAAACAACAACCGCAGAUCGCUAUUUAUGAGUGCUGUUAAUGGGGAUGACGAUGAUAUAACGGAGGAUGAGAUAGAUUUAGUAACGGAUGAAACUUCUUCCAGUCAGACCAGUGAAGAAGACACUGUACAUGAUUUAAAAGAUAAAAUUGAUGUGAUGAAUAUCAAUGAAUCAGCCCCAGUAAGCGAAAAGAAGCUACCUUGUUGGGGCAGAAGAAAGAUCCCUAGUCCUACUCAUCAAGUUGAUGACUCUCAACAAUAAAUUAGGGCUGGUUCCUUUCUGUUUGAUCAUUUAUAUUAUUCCUGCAUUCUACCACUAUAUCAUUAUCUUGACACACAUUUCCUUUUUCUUUUUCUUUUUCUUUUUUUUUUUUUUUUAACACUAAUAAUACUAAUAAUAAUAAAAUCAACACUCUUUUUUUUUAUUGAA